AUGAUUCAUCCGAAACACAUUGUUGCUGUCUCUGGAUUGGUAAGUCAUCCGAACGGUAAAAUCUUGCUCAUACGGGGUCCGCGCCGUGGCUGGGAGUUUCCCGGUGGUCAAGUCGAAGAAGGUGAAAAUCUUAUUGAAGCGUUUCAACGUGAAAUUCAAGAAGAGGCUGGCAUCACUGCAUCAAUUGGAUCACUGGAGAUUACGUCUGUGGUGAAUUAA